AUGGCUUCCAAAGAUUUCGCUGAAGUUUCUACGGUCAGUCAGGUCGCCUGUAUAGGCACCGGGCUGUCUGCGAUCGCUCUUGGGGCGACACUGCAAAGAUGGUACGGCGUCGAUAACAUUCGCUUCUUUGAGCGACAUCCCUCUAGUGGGGGAACAUGGUUUAUCAAUUCUUACCCAGGCUGUGCUUGUGAUAUUCCUAGCGCCCUCUACAGUCUAUCUUUUGCCCCGAAUCCAAGUUGGACCAAACUCAUGCCUUCUGGUCAGGAGAUUAAAGAGUAUAUUGAUGCAGUGAUAGAGGAGUACAAACUCAACGACAAGAUUUCAUUCUCCACUGAAGUAACAAGGAGCAUCUGGAGGGACGACGUGAAGCGCUGGCAGCUAUUCGUUCAUGAUCGCAUAACUGGCCGUGAAUUCACGCACGAGUGUCAAAUUUUGUUUGCAGCCAGCGGACAGCUCGUCGAACCUCGUACGUUCGAUAUUCAAGGAGCUGGCAGCUUUUCGGGGGAUAUCUUUCAUUCUGCCAGAUGGAACCAUGAUGUGGAAUUGGAAGGAAAAAAUGUUGUCGUUAUUGGGAAUGGGUGUACUGCUGCCCAGAUUGUUCCUGCUCUGGUGGGCAGGGUUAAAUCCUUGACGCAGGUCAUUAGAUCAAAGCAUUGGAUUGUACCGGCCGCCAACUUUACCUACUCUCCAUUCCUAAAGUGGGUGUUCCGACACGUACCAUUUUCAAUGAAAUUGCAUCGGUUUCACAUCUUCCUUAUAGCUGAGAGUGACUUCUCUAUGUUUCGAAUGACGAAGUUUGCUGCUCAGAAAAGAGAAACCCGGAAACAUGCUGCUGAAAAGUACAUACGCCAAACAGCGCCCAGUAAAUACCAUGAUCUCCUGAUUCCAGAUUUUGACUAUGGUUGCAAGCGACGCGUCUUUGAUACUGGCUAUCUCAACUCCUUGCAGAACGAGAAAGUUCUUCUUACUGAUGCAAAAAUACAUGAAAUUGUUCCAGAGGGACUUAUGACGGACAAGGGCUUACUUCCUGCUGAUGUGAUUGUUCUUGCGACAGGAUUCCAGACUAACAAGUUCGUUCCCUAUAUGGACGUCAUCGGGCGGGAUAGCAAGAGCUUGACAGAACAUUGGCUUCAAUACGAUGGGCCUGCGGCCUACAAUUCUACAGCCGUGCAUGGAUUCCCAAAUUUCUUUAUGCUACUCGGGCCUAAUUCAGCAACCGGUCAUACUUCUUCCUUAAUGGCGGCGGAAAACUCGGUCAACUACUCUCUUCGAGUCCUGAAGUCUGUGUUCAAUGGAGAAGCGUCAACCGUUGAAGUCAAGGCCAAGUCUGAAGAAGACUAUGUGUAUCAGGUGCAGGACGCUCUAAGGAAACGCGUCUGGAAUGCUGGUUGCAAUGCGUGGUACAUGAACGAUAAGAAGUGGAACUCAAUGACCUAUCCUUGGAGCCAGGCAUACUACUGGUGGCGCAGUGUGUUCCCAAACUGGUCUGAUUGGAAGAUACAGGAGGUCAAGAGAGUAUCUCGCUUUUCGAUUCGUACAAUUUUUGCUAUCUUGUUUGUCGGUUUCCUUGGUAGUUUGGGAAGCAUGUGCUUAUUAAAUAGUCCCUGGAGGAGAAUCCUCGAUUGGCCGCUUUUCAAGUAUUAUAGAGACUCUCUCGCCGCUCUUGGGGAUCGUCUGUGA